AUGCAUUGCUGUCACUUGGAGGUCCGAUUCCCCCCUCUCUCUGACAAGAUGCACCACUCCCCUCUCUCCAGCACCACUCCCCUCUCUCCAGCACCACUCCCCUCUCUCCAGCACCACUCCCCUCUCUCCAGCACCACUCCUCUCUCCAGCACCACUCCCCUCUCUCCAGCACCACUCCCCUCUCUCCAGCACCACUCCCCUCUCUCCUGCACCACUCCCCUCUCUCCUGCACCACUCCCCUCACUCCUGCACCACUCCCCUCUCUCCAGCACCACUCCCCUCACUCCUGCACCACUCCUCUCUCCAGCACCACUCCCCUCUCUCCAGCACCACUCCCCUCUCUCCAGCACCACUCCCCUCUCUCCAGCACCACUCCCCUCUCUCCAGCACCACUCCCUCUCUCCAGCACCACUCCUCUCUCCAGCACCACUCCCCUCUCUCCAGCACCACUCCUCUCUCCAGCACUACUCCCCUCUCUCUAGCACCACUCCCCUCUCUCCUGCACCACUCCCCUCUCUCCUGCACUACUCCCCUCUCUCUAGCACCACUCCCCUCUCUCCUGCACCACUCCCCUCUCUCCUGCACCACUCCCCUCUCUCCAGCACCACUCCUCUCUCCAGCACUACUCCCCCUCUCUCCUGCACCACUCCCCUCUCUCCUGCACCACUCCCCUCUCUCCAGCACCACUCCCCUCUCUCCUGCACCUCUCCCCUCUCUCCUGCACCUCUCCCCUCUCUCCUGCACCUCUCCCCUCCCUCCACAGGUGUAGAGCUCAGAGAUGAGAAGUGA